AUGCUAUUCAAGGAUUUGACAGAGCUGCCGCCACCGCGGUAUGCGAUGGACGAUGAUGAGGAGGAGAUCCCAAUGGUAGAGACCGAGUACGAAUUGACGUUGGAAGGCGGAGUGGGCUCGCUAAACACGCUGAUUGUGGUUGCGCCCCAGGUAAUUGGAUUGAGAAGUGAGCUAACGCGAACGCUGCUGGCGUCGGUGAUUUUGACAAUAACGCAAACGACAGCACAACAUUAUGCACAGGAUUUUGAUGAACAGGAAGUAGACUUUGAAUUGAGCAGAAACAGCCGCACCAUCAAAGCAUCUAUUCACAGCGGUCCCGGCAACUCUGCUCUACUGGCAUUGCCCAUACUAGGCGCGGCAGAGGCGGCUUUCUUCGCCAAAAGUUUGAUGAGCAAACUCACCACCGAGCAAAUCAUUGUUGCGGCUCCUGGCACAGUGUUUGAUGGGGUGCCAGUGUGCUGCGUGGGCACAAGCUCUGCCCAAAUGCCCGCCGGUGUUCCUGCAGCAGUUCCGCCAGUGAUCAUACAAGGGGCCGCGGCGGCAUUUUUGUCACAGGCACAGCAGCGCGGGAUGCCCGCAGUAGGUUAUAUUGUUAGCAGCGACGGGCCCAUGAAUCACGAGGCCAUUCUUCCCUCCCAUUACGAUGCAUUACGACAGGCUCUUCACGGUAGUUUAGACAUUGAUCCCCAAGCAGGACCUGAGGUAUCUACAUUGUACGUUUAA